AUGGCGACCCUCGAUCCGCCAGCAUGUGCACUCCUGGCGCCACUGUCACGACUGCUCUCAGUGUCCGGUUUUGCCAGGGUUGUACCAUCGUUCCUGCCACGAGCACGUCAAGUUCGAACUUUGCUUCUCCACAACAUAUCUAUUACGUUGUUGCCCAUGUCAUUUCUACAUAGUGAAAAUUGUAAUGCGUAUCUGUCCAACUGGAGUAUACUGUUCGCUGCUCAGCUACCUACAUAUGGUUCUGUUCUCCACAUUCAUGGAAGACCUCUGGGUGCGGAAACUCGUCACAUUUGGAACGCCCCCUGGACGGUUGUGAAAGCCGUCUUCCUCAUUAACCGAUAUGGAAACCUUGUUGGGCAGACUUUCAUCCGGCUGGAAGAGGCUGGUCUCCUAGCACGUAGUUCUCAAGCGUUCUGCCGAAAAUUCACAUUUUUCGUGACUUACUUUAUGAUCCUGUCCACAGCAUCCAUUCGUAUACUUGUGCUCACGCGCGCAUGGGCUAUCUGUGGAACUCAGAAGCGCGCGAUAAAGAUCCUCGUCUGGAGCUACAUGUCCUGCAUCCUUAUGCUGAUAGGCGCGGCAACGUACAGUCGCCUCGCUGCUUUUUUAAGUUUUGUUCGCUCAAAUGGUUGCGAUCGGGUAGUUCAGUAUCUACAGCUCGAGGUGACCCAGAUUUGCGUGGGGGAAAUGCCAAUACUCUUUGCCUUGACAAUGCGAAGUCUCCGGAGAUACUCUAGGGAAUUUCAGCGUCUCUAUCCCUCUGAUCUCCUGCGUCUACUCGUUCAAGAUGCAAUCAUGUUUUUCAUUGUGAGCAUAAACAAUUGUACCAUGGUACAUUACCGACAAGAAGAACAGGUUGGUAUUUUCAGUGAUACCUUGAUCCUCACCUCCUGGACCGUAUACUCUAAGAAUCCAAAAAAUUUCCUUGCUAGAGGGUUCGCAAGUCCGUUACUUUCAGUGGCCGGCCAGCGCCUGGUCCUGAACCUGAGGAGUCUCAAAACGCGUACCUAUUCGACACGCGAGCUCAGUCGUGAAGUGGACCGGCAACUCGAAGCAUUUGCUGAAGCAAACUCCUUGCCAUCUCGAGGCCGAAACAACACGGAAGGUGGGCAAGAACUUCUGGAGUGA